UUGAGGAAUUCAGAAAUCCAUCCUGCACUGUCUGUCUUGGUAACUUAGCUUGUCUAACUCUGGCCUGUAAGUUUCACAUUUUUGUUCAGAUGCUUGUUGCUAAGAGCGGAUGGCAAGAAAAUGUUCCAAAACGUAUUGGGAAGAAUGUAAACCAGACUUGCGUUAGUUUUUGACAUCUCUAAAUUAUAUUUUCUAGAAUGUGUUGUGGAGGAAAUGUUGGCCUUUGUCUCUUCUCUCCGCCUCUUUAAAUGUGCCCUACAUCUGACUGCUUUAGGUCCGUUGCAGUUUUCUCUGCAGCCUGUACUCUGCCCCACAUUUAAUUUGGCGUUUCUCGCCACCGACGCUGCGUAAAAGCCGCCGCGCUGCGCUUGGAAAUGUAGCUGCUUUGCGCACAACGAGGUCUCCAAAAUGGACUUAAAAUCCGAACUCCUCAAGUCCAUCUGGUACGCUUUUACAUCGCUGGACGUCGAGAAGUGCGGAAAAGUGUCCAAGUCGCAGUUAAAGGUGCUUUCCCACAACCUGUACACAGUGCUAAACAUCCCACAUGACCCCGUGGCUCUGGAGGAGCACUUCCAGGAUGACGACGAUGGGCCAGUGUCUAAUCAUGGCUACAUGCCUUACCUCAACAAAUACAUACUGGAUAAGGUCAAAGAGGGGAUGUUCGACAAGGAGAAGUUCGACGACCUGUGCUGGAUGAUGACCAGGAAGAAGAACUUCAAGGGGUUACCACAGGGGGCGCUGCUAUCUGAAAGAGACUGUUUCAAGAUGUUCUGUUUAUUCAACCUCCUGUCCGAGGACCGCUACCCGCUGGUGAUGAUACCAGAAGAGGUGGAGUAUCUCCUCAAGAAAAUCUCCACGGCCAUGAGCCAGGAGUGGGAUGGGAAGCCCUUGGAGGACCUAAUAUCUCAGGAUGCCACAGGGCGGGAAGAGGGCAUGUCUGUAUGGAGCUUCCUGGAGCACAUGGGCGCAGGCCAGCUGCUGAGAGUCACCAGUGCCGAGGCCUUCAGCCUGGCUUUGGAUGAGGUCUUUCUGGAGAUGUAUCACAACGUCCUCAAGAGGGGUUACAUGUGGAAAAAAGGGCAUGUGCGUAGAAACUGGACCGAGCGUUGGUUUGUGCUGAAGCCCUCCUCCAUGGCUUACUACGUCAGCGAGGACUUAAAAGACAAGCGAGGGGAGAUCCAGCUGGAUAAGAGCUGCGUCAUAGAGCCCAUUCCAGACAGAGAGGGGAAGCGCUGCAUGCUCUGUGUGAAAACCCACAAUAAAACCUACGAGAUGAGCGCGUCUGACCAGAGACAGAAGGUGGAGUGGACUCAAGCUAUUCAGACAGCCCUUCGUCUCCAGAGGGAGGCCAAGUCCUCCCUUCACCACGAACUCAAACUGAAGAGACGGGUGCAGCGAGAACACAGCCAACGGGAGCGCAGCCGGAGCGCCCGCAGCAGCUGCAGCAGCCGGAGCAGCCAAUCAGACGACUCCAACAUCCAAGAGAUGGAGAAAGAGAAAGACAGACAGGAUUUAGAGAUAGAGAACAUCAUACAGCAUGCACGUGAAUUAGAAACCAGGCGAAGGGAGGCAGAGGAAAGAGAGAGGAAGAAACAGAGGGAGGUGCAGAUGGAGCUGGAGAGACAGCUGAAAGAGGCCGAGACGUUGAGAGACAGCAUGCAGGCAGAGAUGCAGCAGAAAGCAAGGGAGGCUGAGCAGCAGAAGAAGAGGAUCCAGGAGCUGGAGCUGACGCAGGAGAAACUGGAGGCUGCUCUCAAUAUGGAGAUCCAGGCUCGGCAGGAGGAGGAGAGGGCCAGGCAGGAGCUGGAGAGGUUGCUGCAGGUGGAAGAAGAGAAGAAGCAGCAGUUCCAGCUCCUCCAGGAGCAGCAGAGGGCCUUGCAGUGCCUCAGCCCCAUACAGGAGGCCUCAGACGGCUGCACAGAUGAGGACACCCCGUCAGCUCUUCACUCAGCGUCUCAGGAGCUCCAGGAUCUGCAGGCUUCUCGCCAGAGGAGCCACCAGCGCCUGGAGGAGGUACAAGAGAAGCUGAGGAAUGCCAGUCAACAUGUCCGGCACUGGAACGUCCAGCUGAACCGCCUGAUGACACCCGUCACUCCUGGAGAACGUUUGGAACACCGGCUUUCAACAAAACGGAUGUGUCCCAAAAAGGAAGGAGCGCUGGCCAGUAACGAGUUUGUCUCUAAAUUCAAGAUAAGGGUCAAUCAGAACAGCCAGAUGCCAGAGAACCAGCAGAGGCUGGAGGAGCAGAUGGAGGCUGCCAACCUGUCAGAUGGAUCGGACGAUUCACAGGAUAAACCCAAUGGACAAAUGUGAUGUUGACAGUUAGAGGACCGAGUUCUGCAAGUUCAGAAACGAUUAAAGAAAUUCUUCAUUUGUUUAAGUCUGAGAGUGGAAAGUGGAGGGAGGAAAGUAAUUUACAAUACAAAAAGGGUUGUAUUAUAUUUAUACGUUGAAAUGCACACUGAGACUGGAUGAUGACUGCAAUGUGAUGAAAGAGUUAAUGACAACACAUUUGACUAAGAUCAACAGAUUUUGUACAAUAAAGUUUAUCGGUGAAUA